AUGGGGCCUGAAAUUACGGUGUCAAAAUUGCGUGCGGCCGAUCAGUGUAAAGGCGGAACUGCCAUUCUGACCCUUCUUGGGGGAUUCCAUCCACAAACACAAAGUUUGUGGCUGACCGAUAUUGCUCAUCAUCAUUUAGCUAUUGCAUUUAUUUUUCUCAUUGCCGGUCAUAUGUAUCGAACUAACUUCGGAAUUGGGCACAGUAUCAAAGAUCUUUUAGAAGCACAUACUCCUCCGGGGGGUCGAUUAGGACGUGGGCAUAAAGGCCUUUAUGAUACAAUCAAUAAUUCGAUUCAUUUUCAAUUAGGCCUUGCUCUAGCUUCCUUAGGGGUUAUUACUUCCUUAGUAGCUCAACAUAUGUACUCUUUACCUGCUUAUGCAUUCAUAGCACAAGACUUUACUACUCAAGCUGCUUUAUAUACUCAUCACCAAUACAUUGCAGGGUUCAUCAUGACAGGGGCUUUUGCUCAUGGAGCCAUUUUUUUCAUUAGGGAUUACAAUCCGGAACAGAAUGAAGAUAAUGUAUUGGCAAGAAUGUUAGACCAUAAGGAAGCUAUCAUAUCUCAUUUAAGUUGGGCUAGCCUCUUCCUAGGAUUCCAUACCUUGGGCCUUUAUGUUCAUAACGACGUUAUGCUUGCUUUUGGUACUCCAGAAAAGCAAAUCUUGAUUGAACCUAUAUUUGCCCAAUGGAUACAAUCUGCUCAUGGUAUUACGACAUAUGGGUUCGAUAUACUCUUAUCUUCAACGAAUGGCCCCGCUUUCAAUGCAGGUCGAAACAUAUGGUUGCCCGGAUGGUUGAAUGCUGUUAAUGAGAAUAGUAAUUCGCUUUUCUUAACAAUAGGACCUGGGGAUUUCUUGGUUCAUCAUGCUAUUGCUCUAGGUUUGCAUACAACUACAUUGAUUUUAGUAAAGGGUGCUUUAGAUGCACGCGGUUCCAAAUUAAUGCCGGAUAAAAAGGAUUUCGGGUAUAGUUUUCCUUGCGACGGCCCAGAGCGCGGCGGUACUUGUGAUAUUUCUGCUUGGGAUGCGUUUUAUUUGGCAGUUUUCUGGAUGUUAAAUACCAUUGGAUGGGUUACUUUUUAUUGGCAUUGGAAACACAUUACAUUAUGGCAGGGCAACGUUUCACAAUUUAAUGAAUCCUCCACUUAUUUGAUGGGAUGGUUAAGAGAUUACCUAUGGUUAAACUGUUGGCUCGGCGAGCCGGCUCGCGAGCCCGGAGCGAGCCGAACUGAAUCGCUUUUUCGAGCUCGCUAGAUGGACGAGUCGAGCUCGAUUCGGCUCGGCUCGUUUUCACCCCUACUUUAUACCCAACUAAUCUGAAAAAUAG